AAGCCGUCCUGAGGUCGCGUUGGGUCGGCGCCUUGUUUAGCCUCCUGGGGAGGAGCAGGAGUCUGCUGGCUCCGGCCGACGGCGGUUCCCGUCCCCAGAAGCGCGCAGGGCCGGUGUGCGACAACCAGUUUCUCUUCAGUCAGGGUUCGCCCCGACGCCCGGCGGACGAAGGGCUGGGCCAUCAGGACCCAGUGACCGUGGCUUGCUUGAUGGUCAUUGUCCUCCAGAACAGUGAUGGAGGAGAUACCAGCCCAGGAAGCAGCAGAAUCUCCAGUGGUCCAGUUUCAGUCCUUGGAGACCCAUUCUGAGGGUCUGUCCCCAGAGCCUCAGUUCGUGCAGGAUACCGACAUGGAACAGGGACUCACUGGGGCUCCACCUGUUCCCCAGGUGUCUUCUCUUCCCCACGAGGGAAGCCCAGGAGACCAGGCAGCUGCGCUCCUGACAGCCAGGUACCAGGAAUUUGUGACAUUCGAGGAUGUGGCUGUGCACCUUACUCGAGAGGAAUGGGGAUGCCUGGACCCUGUUCAGAGGGCUCUCUACAGAGAAGUGAUGUUAGAGAAUUAUGGGAACCUGGUCUCACUGGGAUUUCCAAUUUUCAAGCCUGAUGGGAUCUCCCAGCUGGAACAAGAUCUACAAGUCUUUGAUCUGGAAACUAAGAAUAGAGAAGUCUUAAGAGAUGACUGCUCAGAUGGAGAGACCAGAGAAGAGAACAAGCUGUUGAUUCCUAAGCAGAAAAUUCCAGAAGAAGUACAUUCAUACAAAGUGAGAGUAGGAAGAUUCAAAAAGGAUAUUGCCCAAGUUCCUGAGACUAGAGAAGUGUAUAAGCCUGAGGACAGAUUAGAACGGCUUCAGGAAAUCCUAAGAAAAUUUCUCUUCCUGGAGAGAGAGUUUAGGCAAAUAACAAUCAGUAAGAAAACCUUCACCAGUGAGAAGAACAAUGAAUGUAAUGAACUUGAAAAAAGCUUCAGUCUGGACUCUACUCUUGAUACAGAUCAGAGAGUUCUUAGAAUACAGAAUGUUGACGACAUUGAUAAGUACGAUGUGAGCCUCAACCAGAAUUCAGCGGGUAAACAGGAACAAAUAAAUCUAACGCAGGAUUUUCACAGUAAUGAUUAUAAGGACAGUUUAAUGGAACUCUCCCACCUUAGUAACUGUGAGAGCAUUCCUACCACUGAGAAAUCUUAUAAAUGUGAUGCAUGUGAGAAAAUCUUCCAUCAGAGCUCAGCCCUUUCUAGACAUCAGAGAAUUCAUACUAGAGAGAAACCCUACAAAUGUAAAGAAUGUGAAAAAUCUUUCAGUCAGAGUUCAAGUCUUAGUCGACAUAAAAGAAUACACACUAGAGAAAAACCCUAUAAAUGUGAAGCAUCUGAUAAAUCCUGUGAGGCAUCUGACAAAUCUUGUAAUCAGAGCUCAGACAUACUUCAGCAUAAGAGGAUUCACACUAGAGCAAAAUCUUAUAAAUGUAGCAGUUGCGAAAGGGUCUUCAGUCGUAGUGUGCACCUCACUCAACAUCAGAGAGUUCAUAGAGAGAUGCCUUGUAGGUGUACUGUGUGUGGCAGUGAUUUCUGUCACACCUCACACCAAGCUGAACAUCAGAAGGUCCAUGAUGAAGAGAAGUCGUAUGAAUACAAUAACUGUGGAUUGACGUUUAUUAAACAUCAAGGAAUUCGUCCCAGAGAAAAGCCCUAUACGUGUAAUGAAUGUGGAAAAGACUUCAGAUUGAAUUCUCAUCUUAUUCAGCAUCAAAGAAUUCACACAGAGAAACCGCAUGAAUCUAGUGAAAGUGGAAAAGCUUUCAGCCAAACCGCAUGCCUUAUUCAGCAUCACAAAGUGCAUAGGAAAGACAAAUCCUAUGAGUGUAAUGAUUAUGAGGAUAAUUUCAGCCAUAGCUCAGAUCUUGUCCUGCAACAGGAAGUCAUCACCAGAGAAAAAGCCUUUGAUUGUGAUGCGUGGGAAAAGAGCCUCAGUCAGAGAGCACACCUUGUCCACCAUCAAGGUAUUCAUACCAAAGAGAAACCUUAUGAAUGUAAUGAACGUGGGGAGACAUUUAAUCAAGUUCAGGCCUCAUUCAACAUAUGAGAUGUCACACCAGGGAGCCAUCACAUGUGUCCUGACUGUGGUAAAGCCUUCGGUCCCAGCUCAACCUUCAUUCAGCAUCGAGGAAUUCAUACCAGAGAGGAACCUGAAUGUGACAAACAUUGGAAAGUUGUCAGUGUUGCACUCUUGACACCCACAAACCCACACCAAUGAGAAAACCUACAAAUACAUUGAAUGUGAUAGAUGCUUCACGCUAUUUUCCUACCUUAGUAUCUUUGGAGAAUUCAUACUGGAAUAAAAUUCCAUUGCUGUAUGAAUGUGAAAAAGCCUUCAGUCAAAGAAACUACCUUGUUGAGCAUCAGAUUCUUUUCAUGCCGAAUACCUAUGAAUGUAAUGUGUAUGUGCAGGAGGAUUCAGCCAUAUUUCCAGCCGUCAUUCAGCAGCAAAGAAUCCAUACCCAAGGGAAGUCCUUUGGGUAUAGGAAAUGUGACAAGUCUUUUAGUAGGAGUUCAAGUCGUUUUUCAUCAUCAGAAUGUCCACACCAGACUGGAGUCUGAUAUAAUGCAAGUGGAAACAUUCAGCACCAUAUUUCAGGCUUUAGUCAAUAUAAAAAUAUUGAAGGGAAAAUUAUUAUUUUGUAUAAAAUAGUUAAUACAUAGUCCCAGUCUUUUUCACUGCAGAAGAGUCUAGUCAGAGGAGUGACUUGGUGAAUGCAGUGCUGUUUUCUCAUGGCAUUCUUUUAUUUAAUAGGUGUUAUAAGUAGGUAUGUAUACUUUAUUUAUGGAAAUCAAGCUAUUUUUAUUUUAAUGUGGCCUAUAAACAUUUUUAUUUUUCCUGAAAUUGGUGUUUAUGGUCCAAUAAAUGCUUCCCUGAUACAUUAAUAUACCAAUGUUAAAACAAUAACUUCUGGAAAGUUUUUCUCAUUUAGCUUUUUCUACUGUUCUCAGCCAAAGUUCUCUCCAAAACAGACUCUUAGGCCUGCUCUUUUCCGAGGAUCCUAUUCCUUUCCAGCCACAGCAUUUGGGUUCAUGUUGGUUUUUCCGUUCUCUUAAGCACUUUCAAUGAUGGUUUCCUAGUUUUAAGCUUUAAGCCAGUGGUAUGCCGUCCUUACUUACUUUUUGGGUGCCUUCUUUCCGAGGCAAAAUAUCUUUAAAAGAAAUGGGUUUUCACACUCUUGUCUGUUCAUGAGUAUGAAGGAUUCUGUUUCCCCUGAGUCUCUGGCAAGAAGCGAAACAUUUUCAAGUGACGCCCAAGUUCUUAGCUGUGUUAGCAUUCACAGCCUUCUGAGAGAGAUGAGAAAAACAUUAGAAGAUGACAAUACUGGUGGUAGCCUAGCUAUAUUCGGUGUCUAUUCUGUAUGUCUAAGUUCAGGAUGGUUUAUGUCCAUUAAAGGCCAGCAGAACACUCAAGUCUGCCUUCAAUAGGGCAAAACAUAAAGAACGUAUGUUAAGAGAUCAGAGAUCUUCAUAAAGGAAUACUGCCUUCCAUCAGAUAUUGCGGUUUUUGUGUAGUAUCUCAAGAAUGGCAGAGAAGCCUGUAAACAUUUAACUGUUACAGUUGCUUCAUUAUCUGUUUGGAAUUGUUUACAAAUCAUAUAUAUAUAUAUAGUAUUUUACAAGAGUCUACAGGCCAUAUAGAACCUUUUUUUUUUUUUGAUUGAUGAAACUGAUCAUAGAUAGACAUUGGCUCCACAGAUCAGGGUCACUGUCAUAACACCUAGCAAGAGUUCAUGAUUCUGCAGAUGAUGUCAAAGUAUUUGAUUGUAUUUUCCCAUCUUAAGCAUUUUGUGAAUAAAGCAAGUGUUAUUUAAAACUCUAGUAGUUGUCCCAGCGAUUGAAUUCACCUGUUAAAAUACUUACUAGGGAUCCUCAACAAGUAAUACAAAAAUGCAUUGCUUACUUUGUAAGCCUUUUCUGCCUAAUAAGCUUUAGGGUAGUUCUACCGCUGUAUUUUACCUUUUAGCCAUCAGCAAGCAUAGGAUCUCAUCUGGACAAGGUAGGGACCUAAAUGAAUUGAUCUAAAUGUAAAAGCAUAUGAAAAAAUGCAUGUUUUUUUUUUUCUUUCCUAUCUAUGAACAUGUAUACCCUACUAAUAGAGACCACCAGUAGUCACCUCUGGUGAUUAUGAAACAGCAGGUUGAGUAAUCUCUAAAUAGCAGGAAAUGUAAAAAUCACAUGUUAUGCAUUUGGUUUAGGAAUGUGCUUUUUGUACUUCCACUUGAAUAAAGGUGUGUUUGAUGCUAUGAGAAUCUGUUUCAAAUAAAAUCUGAAGUCCUCAGCCCAAAGUAUUUGGGAAUCUUCGAA